CUAUUGCUUCUGGUCAGAUUGUGUGAAGCUGCAGACUAGGAAUUGACCAGAUGCUAACGAAUUGGUGUGGAAUUUUAGCCUGUUUGAUAUCACAGAGUAAGGUACCUUUGGGUUUGGGGGACUCUUGGACCAAGACCUCGCGAGGAGCGCAGGGGCCAUCAGAUCAGCCAACACUCCUAACGACUCGUACGGGUAGCCAAAGGUCAAACUUGCUAUGGUGGAUAGACCAUCAAGUAUAGCAUUGUAAGGACUGCCACCAAGUCAGC